AUGCUUCCGCCACGAUUGGAGGUACAGCUGCGUAUUUGCCAGUACGAUGAAUUGCGUGAGCAACUGGAUGAUUUUCCAAUGAACAUGGUGAUCAGGUUGAACGAUAAUCUGGUCACAUUGCCGCAAGCGGUUUCCGUUCGUAAAGACGAGACUCCCAAACGCCCGGGAAGACCCAUCGAUGUUACUCGUCUUUGCCGGGCUCACUGCAAUAAUCAACGCCUGUACGUUCAAUGGGAGGUCGAAGCAGGGAAACUCAGCCGACGACGACUAGAAUAUCCGUGCCGUUCAUCAGUUUGCAAACAUCUGCAAUGCUUCGAUGCCAAAGUGUUUCUUGAAAUGAACGAAAAGAGAGCCAGUUGGAUCUGUCCAGUUUGUUACCAUCCAGCUUUGUAUAAAGACCUCAUAAUUGACGAGUAUUUUAUCAAUGUAAUAAAGCAGCUGCCUCCAGGAUGUAGUGAAAUAGAGAUUAACGAUGAUGGAAGUUGGGUGCCGGUUAUCAAAAAGGAAACAAAAAAAGAUGGUGAAGCCGAGCCUUCUGAUACUCCGGUCAUGAAUUGUUUAGUUGCGCCAAAUGAACCGGAUUCUCCAGACAGUGAAGUAUCGACGGAUUGUUGCAUCCCGCGAGAAUCGAAUGAAAGGACAAAUCGCGCGAAGUUCCUCGGAUUAGUUGAUCUAACUCAAGAGAGUGACGACGAGGACGACGAUGACGGCAGCAAGCAGGGUGGUGCUUCCGUAGGCAGUCACUCGACGAAGAGCAGCACCACCAGUUCAUCGGUCAUCGUGCUUGAUUCGCCUCAGGCAGCCAUAGCGACGACGCCGGAGGACCCGAUUACUUUCAAGAGUGUGGAAGACGUACUAAUUAUGUCGGGAUUUGGCGACUGCCUGCCACCGCCAGUGAAGAAACGAGUAGUGGCGUCGAUGUACAGACGUGACGGAAGCAACGACUAUCGUCAUCAAACGACCUCUUCCCAUCAACACAGGUGUUCAACAGCUGCGACUUCUAACGCCAGGCCUGCGGAAACGUUGAUGGACGCUUUAGGCGGCGGCCGCCGCAUUCCACAUGGUUCCGCAGGUGCUGACAACUGCUUUCCGUAUUUCACUUCAAUGUUUAAUUGUCCAGUUCCUUCGGAGUCGAUGUGUCCACAAAGCUACGGUCAGGGAAAUGGUCGUAUUAACGAGUCUGUGCCAGCGGAAUACACCGGAUCGGCAAAUACUUACAUUAGUCCUUCAUAUGAACCAUACAUGAGCAGCAUAUACCGCUCUAGCAUGGUUCCAAAUGGUUCCCAUUCGGACGUUACCGGAAAGCAGGUGGACGGCAGCAUUGUCGAUUCGUACAGCCGCAGGACAAGGCCAGUAGCAGCGCACCACGUAAUGUACGACCGUAUGAACGGCCACACAGAUAGCGCGUUGCGAUCUAGCUUGAUCAAUGACCCAUCUCGCAGUUAUACCUAUUCAGGUCCGCCGCCAUCAACGCACCCAUUUACGGCUUGCAUGACUGCCACUUACCAGGCACAGGCGCAGACCCAAUACGUUCGUAGUUAUAUAUCGAAACGCAAUCAGUGA